GAAAUCCACCCACUAUUUGCGCUACCGCCGCCAUGUCUACCGAGUCCAAUCGAAGCGCCUCUCCCGCGCCUACCGCCGUCAUGAAGAUCACGACACCAGCACCUCCUUCCUCUUCGUGUCCUUACAUGGACGCAAAGGGCGGUAGCAGCAUCCUCGUUUCCGACCCUUCGGUCUGCGCGACAACAGCUGCCGCCUCAUGUGAAGUCAGCCGGAUGACAUGCGAAGUGCUUCGGUCGUUCUCCGCAGACGUGACGGGUUUCAUCAACAUCACUGCCGUGGGGAACAUGGCCAACUACAAGAACAGCUACCUGGCCUUGACCAACGCUGCAACGCUGGACCUUGGUCAGUUCCAAGUACCCGAGGCGGUCGAAUACCUGAACAUCGAGAACAUCACCGCCCUGGACUUGUCCCAGCUCCCGACGCCGUUGCCGCCGACUGUGACCACUCUGCGCAUUGUCAACUGUAAUCUGAAGGCUAUUCCUUCGUCGUUUUCAUGGCCAUCCAACCUCAAUCGAGUUGGUUUGGAUUCCAACCAAUUAGACGCCAUACCUCCGAAUUUGCCUGCGGGUAUCCAGCUGCUCGCGUUCCGCCACAACUACCUGAGCGAUUUCAAGUCACUUCCGCCAGGCCUCGGUGGCAUCAAUGCUAUAAACAACUCAAUUCAAGCGCUGACAUCGCUCGACUUGCGCGACCUGACAUACCUCGAAUUGGGGCGCAACCCGUUGACCACGGUGGCGUUUGUCCAGCUCUCCAAAUCGCGGCUCACGUACUUCGGUCUGUCCAAUAUGAUGGUAGUAGUGUCCAAUAUCACGUUGGACACGUCAUCAUUCCAAGCCCUUCGGAAUCUGCCGCGUUUUCACUUAGUUAACGGCAAACCUUACGGUUACCGCGUCUCGAACACGACAGUAACUGUUAACCGCACUGCAUGCCAGCUACUACAUGGCACAGUGAAGUACCCGUGGGCACAUGGAAAUGCUGGCGACUUUCCCGUGUGUGUGGUUCCCAAUAACGUGUACCAUGGGUUGCCGUGGAGUGGGACGAGUUUGUUGUGGGUGGGAUGUAUCAUGGUGGGAACUGUCCUGGUCGUGUUGGCCUGGAUGGGGCAAAAAUCGUCCCAACGGCGCCGGCGUCGACGGGGAUAUUUCCCCCUCCACCAUCCCAAUCCACAACCCCCAGUCGUACUUUCUAAAUUGCGCCCGUUUCAAUUGGCGUCUGCUGACGUUAUCAAAACUUCCAAGUACCCCGUCAUUGUAGCCCACAAUAACGAGUAUCAUAUGGACAUUUGGAGCGGCACCUUUCACGGCACCAAAGUUUCGAUCAAAUCCAUCAAAAUGGCUGCCGAAUCCCCCGACUCAACCGACGCCCAAAUCACUGCCUUUAUCGACCAAGUCACAUUGCUCGCUACGUUGCGCCACGCCCACCUUGUCGCAUUCAUCGGGGUCUCGUGGGCUCAAAACGCUGUCGCAGAUUUCGAGCUCGUCGUCGAGUUUAUGGACACGGGCGACCUCCGAGCAUUCCUGGCCACCCAUUCGCCCGCCACGUACCUCUGGCCAGAAAAGUGCGACGUCGUGCGGGGCAUUCUGCACGGCUUGGCCUAUUUGCAUACGAUUCCGCAUGUCCACGGCCAUCUCAAGUCGAAAAAUGUCCUCCUGGACUCGAAAAAAGGCACAAAAUUGGCUGUUUUGGGCGUAAAACCGGUCGAUUUUGCAGCAUCUGCGAUGUGGUUUCAAUGGGCGGCCCCCGAGCGCCUCGCGGGACAGCCGGUUGAUACCGCCGCAGACGUGUAUUCAUUUGGAGUGAUCUUGUGGGAAUUGUGCACACACAUGCUCCCGUAUGCAGAUAAAAUGAACCGAAAACGGCCGAGUCCCCAAUCGAUCAUGACCCAAAUCAUCGCAGGCACGUUAAAGCCGUCGUUCCACGCGGCGCCGCCGUUUCCAUCCUGGGUCCAAGACAUGGCAACGAAGUGCCUUGCAUUCGACCCAGCCCAACGCCCCACGGCGGCGGAGUUGGUCCAAACUCUUAAUAGCCACAUAUAAUACAACAAAAAUACAAUUAACCCCGAAACCCCGA